GCUAGUACAAGGAUUUUUUCAACUGAGUAGUUUUGGUUGGAUAUUUCCAUUCAACUUUGCAUCUGAUUGGUUGUCAUGUGGCUUGUAUAAAAUGACAGGGAACAUACUCUGGCUUGUAGCUGAUGUCAUUGAGAGGUCAAGACAUUCGUCUACAUUCUGAGUAAUAAAAACAAUAGCAGGAUGACCAAAGAACUGCCAUUGAACAUUAAUAUUAAAGAACCACAAUGGGACCAGAACUCUUUCAUGGGCAGAGCCAGACAUUUCUUUAUGGUGACUGAUCCCCGAAAUAUUUUGCUAUCCAACGAAACACUGGAAGGUGCCAGGAAGAUAAUACAAAAUUACAGGUCUGGAAUAGUACCUCCAGGUCUAACAGAGAAUGAGCUCUGGAGAGCAAAGUACAUCUAUGACUCUGCAUUCCAUCCAGACACAGGAGAGAAGAUGAUCUUGAUUGGACGGAUGUCUGCGCAGGUGCCCAUGAAUAUGAUGAUAACAGGUUCCAUGCUCACAUUCUACAGGACAACUCCAGCAGUGGUUUUCUGGCAGUGGGUGAACCAGUCCUUCAAUGCCAUAGUUAAUUACACCAACAGGAGUGGAGAUGCCCCUAUCACUGUUGGCCAACUAGGAACUGCGUAUGUCAGUGCUACUUCAGGAGCUGUCAUAACUGCACUGGGUCUCAAGUCUGUGACGAAGCAUUUACCUUCCUUGAUUGGUCGCUUUGUCCCUUUUGCUGCUGUGGCAGCAGCCAACUGCAUCAACAUCCCACUAAUGCGACAGAGGGAGCUGAAGUAUGGAAUUCCAAUCACUGAUGCAGAAGGGAAUCGGCUUGGAGAAUCUGCUGCUGCAGCACAGCAAGCUAUUGUACAAGUGAUAUUAUCUCGGAUUGGCAUGGCUAUACCUGCAAUGGCUAUCCCACCAGUGAUCAUGGAUGCACUAGAGAAAAAGGCUUUCAUGAAGAGGAUGCCAUUGUUAAAUGCUCCAAUUCAGGUGGGGCUAGUUGGAUUAUGCUUAGUAUUUGCAACACCACUCUGCUGUGCUCUUUUCCCGCAGAAGAGCUCCAUGGGGGUGAGCCGUCUUGAGACAGAACUACAGGCCAAAAUCCAAGAGAAGAGCCCACACACCAAUGUGGUUUAUUUCAACAAGGGCCUAUAAUUAAGAAAGAAGUCAGGACAGCUGAAGUGCACAUUUCAAGUCACUCAGUAUGUUUAACCUUCUCUUGUCUUCGGUUUGUGGCGUUGCAGAUUGCCAUGUUUUGCAGACACGUGUUGUGGGCAUUAAAAUCUGGCAUCGCUUUGUUGUGUGGUGUUAAAUUUGGUUUAUGCUGAACAAAAACAAUGCAUUCCAGAUAAAGAGGGAGGCAUUCAAGAUAACUGUGAAUGGAAGUAAGGAUUCAGCUUAGGUCAAACAAGAAUUCUCAGAAGAUGGUUGUUCUUUGGUUAGGGAGUUAUGCUUUUUGAGAGAGGGCAUUAUUGCACAAUAAUUAAACUUGGAAACUUACAUCUGUCAUUAUAACACCAGGGAAUACUGAAUUACAAAAUAUGGUCUUGUUUCAUUCAAGUGAAAAAUAUCAUAGCAGAAGUAGAAAGUAAUAAAUUCAUGUAUUCUUAGGAGUGCGCGCGCGCACACACACACACACACACACACACACACACACACACUCACUCUUACCUAUUCCCAACCACAGCUACUUUCUAAAAGUAACAAUAUGCAUAUAAAUAUUAUCUUUGAAAUACAGUGAAGUGAAAACUGCUUUUUUUAUCUCCUAUUGUUAUUUCUUUUAUUUACCUAAAAUUGUUUUAUGUUAAUGUCGGUACUUUACUUUGCCUAGAGUGUGUCAUUGUUAGAUAGUAUUUUUGCAUAAGUAUUUAGCUCUCUGAACAAAUUACCUGUGUAACUUUGAUAAGAUACAGUCUUCAUACUACAGGAUGUGGGAGGUAACAUGCUGAACAAGAAUUUUAAUAACAUCUGCUAGUAUAUUUGCAGCCUUUUCAUGUACCCAUGAAGGGAUAUUUCUUAUGGCAAUGUAAAGUUUUAAAGUACAAACUGUAUCCUCAACCAAAAUAAAAUACAUAUUCUUGUGCAGCUACCAAAAAUAAAAGAUAUCUUAUG